AUGGACAAUAACGGCACAAGAACUGAGGGACCCCAAGAUGCUGGUCGCAAGCAUAAGAAACGCGAUAUGGGCAGGGCCGAAUGGAGUCGGCAAAUGCCAGAUAAGAGAGAGCGCAACGAGCGAGCCGAACAAGCAAAGCGAAGGAAGCUGGAAAAUGGCGAGGAGGUAGUUGCACCGAUAUAUGCUACACAGUUCUCUAAGGAAGAUAUUGAGAACGAGCAACGGCGUCCGAAGAAGAAGGUUGCUGUGUUAAUCGGGUACUCUGGAACUGGCUACAAGGGAAUGCAACUGAGCACAACUGAAAAGACAAUCGAGGGAGAACUGUUCACUGCGUUUGUCGCGGCCGGCGCAAUCUCCAAGGCCAACGCGGCCGAUCCGAAGAAGUCAUCCCUGGUCCGUUGUGCGCGCACGGAUAAAGGUGUCCAUGCGGCUGGAAAUAUCGUCUCGUUGAAACUGAUUGUCGAGGAUCCGGACAUUGUCCAGAAGAUCAACGACCAUCUCAGUCCUCAGAUCCGUGUCUGGGGUAUUUUAGUCGCCAACAAGUCGUUUAGCAGUUACCAGAUGUGUGAUUCACGUAUUUACGAGUACCUUAUCCCGUCACAUUGCUUCCUUCCCCCGCAUCCCAAUACAUAUCUAGGGAAGAAGCUCGUCGAAAUUGCUGAGAAGGAGGGAGACUUGGAGGCUUACAAAGCGCGUCAAGAAGAGGUUGCCAACUACUGGGAGGAUAUUGAUGAGAGAGUUAUUAAGCCGCUCCUUGAAAGCUUUCCCGAAGAUAUCCGCAAGCCAGUCGAGAAAGCGCUGCAUAUGGACGACGACACCGAUGGCGUACCAGAAACCAAGCAGACGAGCACCGAGCGGGGAGCCAAAACCGCACCCGUUGCCGAAGCCUCAUCUGAAGAGACAUCGGCGGAACCGGAGCCUUUAGACGAGGCAGAAAUCGCCUUUCGGAGACAAAUCUACGAAGCCGUCAAAACCGUUAAGGCGGCCUACUUAAAAGCAAGGCGGGAGUACCGCAUCCCUGCCACCCGUCUCGCUCGUAUCCAACAAGCCCUCGACAAGUACGUCGGUACGAAGAACUUCUACAACUACACAAUUCAGAAACAGUAUCGUGAUCCCUCCGCUAAGCGGCAUAUCAAGUCCUUCAAGCUCAACCCCGAACCUAUCAUCAUCGACGGCACCGAGUGGCUUAGCCUGAAAGUGCACGGUCAGAGUUUCAUGAUGCAUCAGAUCCGUAAGAUGGUCGCUAUGGCUACAAUGGUUGUUCGGUGCGGUUGCGAUCCGGCCCGUAUCAAUGACUCGUAUGGUGAAUUUAAGAUGGCUAUUCCCAAGGCACCUGGGCUGGGUUUGCUUCUUGAGCGGCCUGUUUUUGACGGCUACAACAAGAAGGCAGCAGACCUUAAGAAGGAGCCCAUUGAUUUCGGCAAGUAUGAGGAGGAGAUUAGCGAGUUUAAGCAGCGAGAGAUCUAUGACCGGAUCUUUAGGGAGGAAGAGCAGACUCACGCCUUCUCCUCGUUCUUCAACCACAUUGACCACUACGCUCAAGAGGAGUUCCUUUACGUCACGUCUGGUGGUAUCGCUGCAGCCAAGCCCGCCCUUGGGCCUGGAGAAUCAGCGGAUGCCAAGCCUAAUGACACCGCUCAGUCAAAACGCAAAUCUCAACGUGAAGCAUUGGCAGAGGUGGAGCAGGAAUCGGAGGAUGAACAAAAUGGCACUGAGGACAACUAA